AAAGUGCUCAACCUCAAAGAUAGUGAUUAUGAUCUUCGCUCGAUACCAGGGAAAUAUAUUGAUGCCCUAGGAACCUUAACCACUCACAACAACAUGGAAUUGAUCAUUGUAGAAGCGUCAAGUGGACAAUUCAAGGAAAAUGUCGCACAUUCAAUUGAAGACACACUCAAGAUACUAGAAUGUGGAAUUGCAUCGUUACGAAAAGAGGCCGCUCAUUACAACGACGCCUCGUUGUCAACAUUCAAGAGUCUUAAGGUUUAUGGGGUACAAGUCAUCAAAUCCCAAUUCACUCUAUCAGCAAUUUCCUUGGAUGAUGAGUCACAUUGGAAAUGCAUUGAAAUAAGGAGUGCCCAAUUGCCAACAGGUUGGAGUGAUCGAAUCGGUCUAAUUCAAUAUCUAGAACUUCUAGCGACCCUUUACGUAUGUUUAUAA